AUGAAGAAUUUCUUAGGAAGCUGGGAGGUGUAUGACGCUUGGCGACGUCAUUGUUAUUGGGGACCAACCGGCUGCAAGAAUGAGGUCCCAGAUGGAAAUCCCGAAUGGUACUGGUCACUGCUCGAGUUUGGGGUGAAGCUUCGACGCCAUGCGCCCUAUUUUGUUCUCACUGUCGUUUUGCCUACGUUCCUCUCCUGUUUGCUGACGUUGGCCUCGUUUUGGAUCGACACCCCGUCGAUGGCUGUUGGAUUGAACGUGUUCAAUAUAUUGUUGCAAGGCCUUUUCGGAUGGGAUUUGAUUCGCGAGUUGCCACCUGGUUCGGGAAGUGUGCCGAAAAUCGUUUCCCUCUACGGAUUGAAUCUCUCGCUGACGGCGAUCGCUUUCACUUUGCACGUUUUCAUGCAAUAUUUCGAAUUCAUUUUGCCAAAAGAGUUCACCAUUCCAUUGCCAAAGAUUGGUGAAUCUCUCACAAAACUCUCACAAUAUCAACUCUUUAAGUCAAAAGGGCUUACCUUUGACCCACAAACUCUCCUCCAAAACGAGAACUUUGACGAGACGAUGUAUAGCUAUGAUCAAUCGUUGCCAAAAGUCUCUUCAGGGAUCUCGCUUGGUUCCGGAUCGGUGCUUUCAAAUGAAAAUCCACAAAUGAACUCGCUUGGAUCAGCGGAUGGUUUGGUGGAUUUGGGUGAUGAUGGGAAUGGAGGACAGAGUGUAGAAGAAAGAGAACAACCAAAUGGACAAGUUGAAACAGUGAUGACAAUUGUUGGAAACGAAUCGAUCGCUGUUGACACUAGCUCCCCACUCACUCAACAAAUCUUCCUCAUUCGACGCACCGUUUUCUGUUUGAUGGCCAUUAUUUAUGGGAUUGCUUUCCCAAUUUGUACAAUUAAUUGGUUU